UUCUCUGGUUCUUUCUUUCGAUCUUUGAUUGCGAAAACCAAGAACAAUGGCUAUGGCUGGUGAUCAAAACCUUGAGGAAUCUUAUUUCGAAGGUUUCAAACGAUCCCCAGCUACAAAACCUCCAUUUACGUUAGGAGAUGUGAAGAAAGCCAUACCACCUCAUUGUUUCCAAAGACCCAUGAUCAAAUCCUUCUCCUACCUCUUUCGUGACAUCAUUUCAGUCGCCAUUUUAUACCACCUCGCCACUACUUACAUCCCCAACCUCCCUCACCCUCUUCCUUACUUUGCUUGGCCACUUUACUGGUGUCUCCAAGGUUUUAUGUUCAUGGCGAUCUGGGUUCUUGGCCAUGAAUGUGGUCACCAUGCUUUCAGUGACUACUCAUGGCUAGAUGAUACAGUAGGGUUUGUUAUUCACUCAUUCGUUUUCACCCCUUUCUUUUCAUGGAAGUUGAGCCACCGUCGUCACCACCUUAACACAGGCUCGCUUGAGCGUGAUGAGGUCUAUGUUCCAAAAAGAAAAUCAAAACGUGGUUCGGUGGCACUUCUCUUCAACAACACCAUGGGUCUAAUCCUAACCCUAGCGAUUAAGCUUAGUCUCGGGUGGUACAUCUAUUUGUCCAUUAAUGCCGCUGGAAGACCUUACGAUAGAUUCGCCAGCCAUUACGAUCCCCAAAGUCCGAUUUUCUCCGAUAACGAGCGAGUCCUGAUCGUUCUAUCCGACAUCGGCCUUCUCAGCAUGAUUUAUAUGCUGUACACAUGGGCAACGAUUCAAGGAUUCGGUUGGGUUUUCUGCGUUUACGGAGGUCCGUUGAUGGUCAUGAACGCGUUUCUGGUGACCGUCACGUACCUUCAACAUACCCAUCUUUCGUUACCCCGAUUUGACGACUCGGGAUGGAAUUGGAUCAAUGGUGCUCUCUCCACGGUGGAUCGGGAUUUCGGUUUUCUAAACAAAGUGUUCCAUAACGUUACGGACACACACGUGGUUCACCAUUUGUUUUCGUAUCUUCCUCAUUAUCAUGCCAUGGAAGCGACGAAAGCAAUGGUGCCGAUUCUGGGGGAGUACUACCAGUUCGAUAAGACUCCAUUUAUGUUGGCGUUAUGGAGAGAAUCGAAGAAAUGCGUAUACGUAGAACCAGAUGAAGAUGGCGAGAAGAAUAAAGGUAUCUACUGGUACAACUACAAGUAUUGAUGGAUCCAGAGAUACAACAAGUUCAUCAAUGGAAAAUUAUCAAAUUGUUGUAACUAUAAUAAAAUUAUAUAUAUAUAUAUAUAGAGAGAGAGAGCUGGUCAAGUUUCUCUCACUAGAUUCACAUAUGAGUUUUAGUUUUCCAUUGUAAACAACCCUUUUA